UCUCCAACACGCCCUAACUAAAUAAAAAUAGAAAGAAAAUAAAAAAAUUAAAGUUUGGGGGUGGGGGGUUCUAUAUAUAUUCAACCCUCAAACGACCCACACUCAUACCACUUCUUCCUCUCCUCCUUUCCUUUCCUUUUGUAUCCUAAUCAUUGUCAAUUACACAUCCUCUUCCUCUUCUUGAAAAAACAUGGAUGGAAGCUGCAUAGAUGAAAGCACAACAAGUACUGACUCUAUAUCCAUUUCUCCGGCGACCCUUUCGCCGUUACCGGCCACCAAGUCGCCUGAGAGUCUCUGCCGUGUCGGAAGCGUGAUAACCAGCAUAAUCUUGGACUCUGAAAGCGGAAUCGAAGCUGAAUCCCGUGGGAAGCUCCCGUCCUCCAAGUACAAGGGAGUUGUUCCCCAGCCCAACGGCCGAUGGGGUGCCCAGAUUUACGAGAAGCACCAGCGGGUCUGGCUCGGCACUUUCAACGAGGAAGACGAAGCCGCCAGGGCCUAUGACAUCGCCGCGCAACGUUUCCGCGGCCGCGACGCCGUCACCAACUUCAAACCGUUGGCGACGACCGAAGAGGAUGACGUGGAGACGGCGUUCUUGAACUCUCAUUCCAAGGCUGAGAUCGUCGACAUGCUCAGGAAGCACACGUACAAUGAUGAGCUGGAGCAAAGCAAGCGUAACCGCGGCUUGGACAGCAAUGGGAAAAGGUCUAAAGCCGACGGCUCUGCUGCUGCCUCGUUCGGCUCAGCCGGGUUUCUGAAAGCGCGUGAGCAGCUUUUCGAGAAAGCUGUUACGCCGAGCGAUGUCGGCAAGCUGAACCGGCUCGUGAUCCCGAAGCAACAUGCCGAAAAGCACUUUCCUUUACAAAGCGCAAGCACUUCCAAAGGCGUACUCUUGAAUUUCGAGGAUAUUGGAGGCAAAGUGUGGAGGUUUCGGUACUCUUAUUGGAACAGCAGCCAGAGUUAUGUGCUGACCAAGGGUUGGAGCCGGUUCGUGAAGGAGAAGAACUUGAAGGCCGGUGACAUUGUUAGUUUUCAGCGCUCGACCGGACCGGACAAGCAGCUUUACAUCGAUUGGAAGGUGAGGACGGAGUCCGUUGUCGUCGGGUUAUCAAACCCGGUUUUCCCGGUUCAGCAGGUUCAGAUGGUUAGGCUUUUUGGGGUCAACAUUCUGCAAAUACCUGUCGGUGGGGUCGUGGAGAGUAUUGGUGGCUGCCAUGGGAAGAGAAUGAGAGAGAUGGAGCUGUUGGCGUUAGAGUGUAGCAAGAAACCAAGAAUGGUUGGAGCUUUGUAACAAUUUUUUUUUUAUUUGUUUAUUUUUUUUUUGUUCUCUCCAUCGUUCUCUUUGUUUUUGUUGUUCUUUUUUGGCCUUUUGUGAAUGGUGCGAGGAAGGAGGGGAAUGGGAAGUGGCGACGGGAAAGGAAAGUGGCGGUGCAGCUGCAGCCUGCAAGUUGCAAAAGGUUGAAGAAUUGUACAUUACAAAACAAAAGCCUGAAGAAAGCUUAAAUUAGGUGCAACAAAUAUUACAAAUGAAAAAAAAAAAAAAAAAAAGGGAAUUUACAAAGUUGUUUUGUUCAUGGUUUUGGACU